GUGGAUCAAUAUUUAAUGCCCGGAGAUUCUGGCUCUGCAGGAGUCAUGUCAGGGGACCUCUAGAGCCAAUCUGCUUGGGUAGAGGAGUGAUAAUUAUUCAUGGGCUCCUGCCUCUUGCUCCUUCUCUUGCACAGCCCCACUCUGCUGACUCAGUGCCUUAUUCAGUCUUCUCUCCCUCUCUCCACUGCUGUAGCUGGACCCCUUUGCCUUCACCACCUCUGAGAGUCUGCACCCCCAACCAUGGCUAAAACAGCAAUGGCUUACAAGGAAAAGAUGAAGGAGCUGUCCAUGCUCUCCCUGAUCUGCUCCUGUUUUUAUCCUGAACCACGCAACAUGAACAUCUAUAAGUAUGAUGACAUGGAAGUGAAACAGAUCAACAAACGUGCCUCAGGCCAGGCCUUUGAACUGAUCCUAAAGCCACCAUCUCCGGUCUCAGAAGCACCACGAACUUUAGCUUCUCCAAAGAAGAAAGAACUCUCUCUUGAGGAGAUCCAGAAAAAGCUGGAGGCUGCAGAGGAGAGAAGAAAGUCCCAGGAAGCCCAGGUGCUGAAACAUCUGGCAGAGAAGAGAGAGCAUGAGAGAGAAGUCCUUCAAAAGGCUUUGGAGGAGAACAACAACUUCAGCAAAAUGGCAGAGGAAAAGCUGAUACUGAAAAUGGAACAGAUCAAAGAAAACCGUGAAGCUAAUCUAGCUGCUCUUAUUGAACGUCUCCAAGAAAAGGAGAGGCAUGCUGCAGAGGUCCGUAGAAACAAGGAGCUCCAGGUGGAACUGUCUGGCUGAAAACAGCAAUGGUGGAUGUGACCCAUCCCCACCAUUAGUAAACUCCCUCUGCCUAUAUUAUUAUGGAUCAUGCGAUAUCAGUAUGGGAAAUGUAUGACAUGGUUUAAAAUUAAAAAAAAAAUAAUCAAGAACUCAAUAAAAAACUUUGAAAAAGAAACAAAAAUAAAAAUAAAACGAAUGCGG